AUGUAUCUAUCUAUCUAUCUAUCUAUCUAUCUAUCUAUCUAUAACAAUCUGUUCAGAUCUAUCUAUCUAUCUAUCUAUCUAUCUAUCGAUCUAUCUAUCUAUCACAGUCUGUUCAGAUCUAUCUAUCUAUCUAUCUAUCUAUCUAUCUAUCUAUCUAUCUAUCUCUAUCUUUCUAUCUAUAUAUCUCUCUCUCUCUUUCUCUCUCUCUCUAUAUAUAUAUAUAUAUAUAUAUAUAUAUAUAUAUAUAUAUAUAUAUGUCAAGGCAAAUCUUUUCUUCUGUCUUUUAUUCUUAUUUUUCCCUUCAAGAUAUUCCACCCCAUCGCUUUGCACUUCCCCCCGUUCAUCAUUCUUGCUUUGUGUUUUCUUUCUUUCAUUCAUUCUUUCCUUUAUUUCUUUCCUUUUGUUUUCUUUCUUUCUCUCUUUUCUUUCUUUCUUUCUUUCUUUCUUUCUUUCUUUCUUUUCUUUUCUUUUCCUUCCUUCCCUUCCUUUAUUUCCCUUACUUCUUCCUUUCUUCUUUCUUUUCCUUUCUUACAUUUUUAA